AUUUCGCAAUUUCCGCGCAGCGUAUUCCAGGCAACAUGAAUAUCUUUUUCUUAUCUCGUGUUCGUGAGACUGAAUAGAAGUGACUUCUUGCUCAUUUUUAACUUGAUGCCUGCGAAUGGAGUAUGACGACCUUGACGAGCCGGCGGAUGAGUUUGUAUCUAAAACGUUCCAUGUGGGAUGCUUCAACGGACAUGAAAGGACUGGUUAUGCCCGAGGUUCUCCCAUACACACUGCGCCUACUGUCAGCACCGGCUCGUUCUUCCAACCGAGAUUAACCACGUUUGCGACGAGUUUUAACAUAAGUGGUGACCGGUGUAGAGAACAAAGCGUGGGAAAGCCACAACCACAGCAGCCUUCACCUGAGAGCAUAUCCUUACUGUAUGGAUUGCCUGUCACGGUACCAAUAAAAUUGGAAGAUGGCCAUGCUCAUGAAACUCUAGAAGAUGAUCUUGAUGAUCUGGUCGAGCCGUAUACCGAGAGGCGCCAUGGUUUUCAGGUGCGAGAUGACCUCGACGAGCCGGUGGCUCAGUCAUCUUGGCAAAGGACUCGGCUCCAAAUGGUGGAUGAUCUUGAUGAACCUGAUGAAUGCGCACAGGCGUUUGCAACGGAAUGUCGCGACGAUCUCCACGAGCCUGCAGAUCUGCCGCUCCCUGCGCCUGUGGCAUCUGUGCAUGACUUGCGAGAUGAUCUGGAUGAACCAGCUCCUCGCCCUCUACCGGAAACAGUGGAGCACAAUAAUGCCCUUUUUGAUGACCUGGAGGAGCCCGCUGCAUCACCAUGCCGUGCUCGACAAGAUAAGAGAAGCUCUCGCGUAGAGCUACGCGAUGACUUAGCGGAUCCCGAUGUCGAUGAUCAUGCGUCACCUCAGAGGAGCACCGGUAGCAAACUCGACCAUCUUUAUGAUGACCUGGAUGAGGUGCUGGUCGAUGAACUCAUAUCAGAAGUUAGCGACCUCAUGCUGCAAAGUCAUGGUUUUGUACACGAAGGCGCAGAAACGUCAUGCCGUUUUAGUCGAGAGUCUACAGCUUCUUUCACUGAUGACAUCAGCCGUCACUCCUUAGUUCGUCAAGGUACCCAAUCUUCACUCCAUGCAGCGCAAGGCAGUAAAACGCCCUCUACCUCCCAAGGAGAUGUCGCCAAGCGCUUGUGUUUCGAAGAAAGCGAACACCGAAUGAAAGGGACACAUGACGCUGAAACGCAGAACACCGCAAAGAGGCAUCGACGGGAAUGCCAACAAACUGCAGGUCGUCAAGAAACAGGAAAACGCUCUGUUGAAACUGUGCAAGGCAACGUCACACGGACUUCGUCUCCUACUAUCGCCAGUCAAUCAUCUAUGCCAGCAGUAUCAGAUGCCGAAGGCCUACGUCAUGCUGAUGCUGCGCCAAAGACUGCCGCAGUAUCCAUCAGAGGAGUUGAAGAGCAUGCUGGUCUCCCGAUAGCCAAUGUUUCAGGCAACGAGUCGGAAGUGAACACUCCAACCGCAAACCCUCGCUGUAUCGAUGAACCAACUGCCAGAUCGAUCUCAUGCGAAGCGAACGUUGGCACUGAAGCCGUGAGUCAGGACGCUCCAGCAUCUGGCAAACAUGAUACAUCGUAUCCCAAAGAUACGUCACGACCUACAUCUCAGCAGUCAUCACUUCUGUUGGACAUUUCCCAGUCUCCAGUCAGGUGGACGUCUCUCCCGCUGCAACAGUCCGAGGUUAGCGUUCCGCCCCCGCUGCCUACAUCUCCGCCAUUGCUGCGGCCCGGAACUACCGACCCUUUGUCUUCUGCACCACCUAUGCAAGUUGAUGCUGCUGCACCAGUACAACCCCUGGAAACCAGUUCUCAAACAUCAGCUGGAAUACCAAUGAGCUGUAGUCAGCACAAGUUCACCGGUUCAGUAACUUCCACGCCGCCUACCGAGGACAACACUCCAGCACACGUCUCAAAAGGCGCUUCUGAAAACCUACCUGCGCCCUCUGCGGCCAGCACAUCAGCCGCCAAACCACCGAGCAAGUCCCGGGCUGCCCGUCCUGGUGCUGGGAGCCGUGACCCGCGCCGACCUGUCCAGACGGAGACGGUUCUGGCGCGGAUUGACGCUCUGCUCGCCGCAGUUGCCACCUGUCGGGAACGCGGCGAAACUCCCGAGCUGCUGCUGCCAGCCAAGACCAGAUGGCGGGACCUUCAACUCUGCACCGAUGCCGGUCAUCUCGUGGUGACCGAUGAGACGCCCCGCGCCGAGGUGCGGGUCCGCAGCGAGAGCCGGCUCAACAUGAUGGUGCUCCUGCUGCAGAAGAUCAGACACCUCGUCUCCACCAACACUCACUCAACCAAGAGGGACAUCUACUACCAAGAAGUAUCGCUGUUCGGCAGCCAACGUGCCGUGGACGCCCUGCUGGAUGACGUCACUGACCUGUUGGCCAUUCCGCGCGAGAGCUCGCACGUGCGCGCCACCUCCAAGGGCCUGGUGGCCGGCCAGCUGGUGCUGCGCUGCGGAGAUGUGCUCAUGGACUGCUCGGCGGCCAAACACGGGCUGCUGGUGCCGGAGAACGUGCCGCACGUGCAGCUGGUGAGCUCCUCGGCACGCUUCAUCCUGGUAGUGGAGAAGGACGCCACGUUCCAGAAGAUCCUGGACAGCGGUGUGCUGGACCAUCUGCCGCCCGGGAUCGUCAUCACGGGUAAGGGUUUCCCGGACCUCAACACACGCCUGCUGCUGCGCAUGCUGACCUCCCGGCUGGCCGUGCCGGCCAUGGCGCUUCUUGACGCCGACCCUCACGGCCUCGAGAUCUUCUUCGUCUACAAGUACGGCUCCCUGGCUCGUGCCCGGGAGUCGGACCGACUCACCACACCGGGCCUGAUCUGGCUCGGAGUCCGGCCCACGGAGGUACUGCACCUGGAUAUACCCCGUUCAGCUCUCCUGCCUCUAACCGCCGCCGACCGCAGCAAGGCCCGGUGCCUCCUCUCUCGGCCGUACGUGAAACACAACCGCUUCUGGCAGCGACAGAUCCGCGAGAUCCUGGCGUCGGGUCGGAAGGCAGAGAUCCAAUGUCUGAGCGCGAUCCACCCCACCUUCCUGACGGAUCUCUACCUGCCGAGCAAGAUCCAGGAGUGCCUGGCGGGUGGUCUGGGAGUCUCGAACGGACAGGAUGUCGUUCCCCGGGAUCGUACUGAGCCGUGUGAGUCAGUUCAGGCUCUGGCCGCUGUCGAGUAACCAGAGAGGUUUGUCGAAGGCCACCGUCACAGGCUCAGACGCACGCUGUGUAACGUUGUUCACGAGGAAGGUUGGAUUCUGCAAAGCCAAAGAAGACCAGGGAAGACGCAGGAGUGUGAAUUCGAGUUGGUUGAGCACUGAGCAUGGCUUUCGUUGGACGUCGAUUGUUAGGUGUGAGCUGCUGUCUUUCUACCGAAUUACCGAUCAGAUGAACAUGUUUGAUAACUGUGUCGAUCUGUCAUAUACUGUCAACGAAUUGUGUUCAGAGAAGUCGCGCUCAUUGGAAAGGUAAACUGAAGUUUGUGAGGGAUCUAUGCUUGUUAAGAAUCACCGGCAUAUAACAUAUUUGUGCCGGCGUUUUAAUUUAAUUCGCUUCCUCUUGUAAUCAUAGCUGUUGCCAGUAAUCCAUGAUCAUGUUUCAUCGUCAACUUCAGUUUAUUCUGAUCUCUAUCAUUUUAUAUUCUCAGAGGUUCGUGCAACAUCAUAUAUCGGUGCAAUGUUUCUGGACGCUGUCGGUGCAUUAUUUGUACCGAUUAGUGAUGUUUCCGUUGCCGUUUCAUUUGGUCUCUCACUCCAUAGUUCAUAGUUGCCUGUAUCUCUAAACAUGUUCGUCUUUCAAAAGUCAUCAGGAGCUAUAAAUGUCUUUCUGUAAAGUCGAAUGAGGUUUUCGAGUCCUAGAUAUGUAUUUUUAUUUAUUCACAUGUCCCGUUAUUUAUUCGAAUGCCCGGCUCACCGCAGGGCAUUCGCUGUCGAGUGGCAGACGGCCGCUGAGAAGUACGACCGGUCUCGCGCUCACGCAACUGAGUACGUACGUGAUCAUUACAAUAGUACUGCCAAGGCUCUCCCCGCCGUGCGCAUCGGCACAACCGUCGAUGUGCAGGACUCGCGUACGGGCCAGUGGGACAGGACGGGCAUCGUGGUCGGCGUGGGUGAUCAUCGUGAUUAUCUCGUAAAGUUGCCCAGUGGUCGUGUAUUGUGGCGUAACCGGCGAUUUUUGCGCCCCCAUCGUCCGCUGCUACCUUGUUCGUUUCGCCCAUGUAGCGUUCCGUCGCCGCCUGCACGUGAUAGUUCGCCCGCGGAACGUGACGACUCUCGGCUCGUCCGAUUCCGCCUCGAUGGUGUUGAUGCGCCCUCUGUGGCGCCGUGUGCUCCCACUGUCACCUGUGAGCCUGCUCCAUUGCGUCGCAGUGAACGUGCGCGCCGUGCUCCAAGUCGCUUGGUUAUUAAUCCGCGGUUGAAGUCCUAUGAUUAAGGCACUGUGCCCACGUUGCGGCACUCGCUGUAGUUUUGUUACGUUGGUACGUUUGUGUCCAUGUGUAUGUGGCGCAGAAACAUUUUCUUUUUCUUAAACUUAAACUGUUGUACCAGUGCAGUGUCACAACAAUUUGGGGGAGGUGUACCGGCCCGUACCUGUGACCGACUGUGGUGGGCUGACCGGGAUCGCCUGCGGCGCCUGGGGGCGCCGGCCGGGCGGACGGAGGGUCAGUGUGUGCUGUGGACUGGUGGAGUGCGGUGCGCCAAUACACAACACAAAUCAUGUCAUCAUUCAA